AUGAUCCCCAUCUUCCAGGUCCAGGGAAAAUCAAAGUCCAGACCUGCUCCCCUCUUCCUCAUACACGCCAUAUCAGGUUUGGCCUUGCCCUACAACUCAUUCGGCACCCUUGACUUCCGCGGACGAGCCAUCUACGCGAUCGGAUCUCCCCUCAACGGGCCCCGCCGGUACCGGCUGCCAUCAUCAAUUGACGAUGUCGCUCGCCAAUACAUUCGCUUCGUGCUCAGCAAGCAGGCCACGGGUCCCUAUCUACUCGGCGGCUGUUCAUUUGGCGGCUUGAGAGCGGGGCAGCCGAUCCUGGACGCCCGGCAGUCUACGCCCUCCAGAGAAGAUGCAAAUGCAAAAGAGAACAAAGGGGAUGAGUCGACGGCCAUGUGGGAAAAGAUGUACAAGCAUAUCUACAACGUGCUGGCGCUCGUGAAGCGGGCCGCAAACGGCGAGUUCGUUUCCGCUCUGAGGGAGGUCAAGGUUGACUUUAUCAAGUGCUCAGUUCUGGAAGUACCUCCCGCAGGAAUAAUCACGGAGCCCAGUAGGAAGUUCUAUCUCGAUCGCUACGAGAAUGAGUACAUGGGCUGGCAGCCUGGGCAGUUUGCCGGCUGGGAAGGGCACUCUAUAGACGCGGAGCACGAUAGGUGGUCGAGAAUUUCUGUUAAGAUACGCGUCAGAUCGUCCACAUGCUCGGGAAACGAGGCUGAGGCUAUGGACCCUCAACAACGACUGUUGCUUGAGGUAGUAUACGAGGCCUUGGAAGAUGGUAUUCCUCUCAUAAAGGUAGCUGGAUCGCAGACAUCUGUACUCUGCGGUACUUUUACAAACGACUACAACUCUACCAUCACGAAGGACUUGGAGUACUAUCCAAAGUACUCCAUCACAGACACAGGGAACUCCAUCUUAUCCAACCGCAUAUCAUACUUCUACAACCUGCACGGUGCAAGUGCCACCACGCUGCAGGCCGGCGAGGCGUCCAUGUCCAUUGUCCUGGGAUCUGCGCUGCACUUCGACCCCAACAUCUUCAUUACCAUGACAGACCUAGGUAUGCUCUCUACUGACGGUCGUUGCCGAGCAUUUGACGCAGACAGAUCAGGCUACGUCCGCGGCGAAGGCAUCUGUGCGAUUAUCCACAAACGGAAGAGCCAGGCCGAGUUUGACGGCGAUGUCAUCCGAGCCAUUGUCCGCGGGACGGGCGUGAAUCAUGAUGGCACAAAGCAGGGCAUUACGUUGCCAUCGUCUGAGUCUCAGGAAGCGCUCAUUAGACAGGUUACGAGGGCAGACAGCACAGAACACUGUCGAGGACUUAUUUCCGCUCAAGAAGGACCAGCUGCCUCCAUGGGCCACCAGAAGCCGUAUCUUGGUUUCUCCGAGCUUCAGGCCAAGAGUGUGAGAUCCCUUGUCCCACGCAUGUUCUACGAGCAGAUUCACUCAUUAGGGCUUCAGUACGGAGUAAGCUUUGCCCUUAUGUCUGGAGGGAUUAAGAGUGGUUCUGUAUUCGCAACAGCACCGCUCAGGUGGACAUCACACUGGUUCAACUCCGCAGCACCCUCACAUGCAACUCUGAUCCACCCUAGCCUGCUCGAUGCCGCAUUGCACGCCAUCUUUGCGGCAGUGGAAAGACGGACGGGGCAGCCAAUCAAUGGGCCCUAUGUCCCGACUUUCAUGCAGUCAUUGCAGGUCUCCGGAGUCUUUGCCGAUAGGGCAACGGAGGCUUUGCAGUUCCUGGGUGGUCGAAAUGGUGAGCAGCGGCGGUUUUGCUCCCUGACGCUACUGCAAAUGGCUGCUGAAGAAGUAAUCAGCUCCACUGAGCAGCUGCAGUUGGAAUUGGCGUCUUUGGUUAAGCUCGAAGAGCUCAACGAGGGUGAAUAUGAUCUCGUCAUUUUAGACGAUGUCGUAGUCCCACUGGCUUACGAUAUCAGGAACUACCUGAAACCUGAUGCUUUUGCAAUUAAUUCGGGUAAGCACAGCUCUAUGAGCAAAAGAGAAGCUUUCACACCAGUCUUUUCGCCUGCAAGAUACCAUGUCUGGAGAAAAGAUAGUACCAACCCUCUCCCCGGCACUGAGCUGGCUCUGGCCACAGCAGCAAAUCCAAGCGCCAGAACAGUCGCUAUGACAUCCGCCAUUGCCUCAGCUCAUUCAGAGAGAUUGUUCAGGGUAUCUCUUGACAAGCUUUUCAAGAUAACCCCAGUCCCAGAAAAUAUCGUCAUCCUUGCUGCCUUAGACAAGAACCUUAAGACUCCGAGGAGUUCACAGCGAGUUCUGGCUGAUAUGUUCGUUUACUGA